CGGGUCCCGGCGGCCUCCCGGAGUCGGGCGCUCCCCGGGCGCGUAGCUUGAGGUGUCCCCGCGGCCGACGCGGAGGCGCCGCGGUCAUUAGCUUCCCGGACCCCGGGCCUGCGGCAGCCUCCGCGUGGCUCAUGGUUCCGCCCCGCCACCGGAUGCUCUGUGGUCUCGGUCACCACGCGCCCGGAGUGGAGGUCGCAGAGAUCACAAAUGGAAUUAGGAGCUCCGCCCCCUGGCCCCGCGACUACAAGAUGCGGGAAGUUCCCCGUGGUGGCUUGUGGGAGGGAGGGCUACAGCAUCUCGGGCAUUCUUACAGCAGUCGCCUCCACACACCUAGUCCCUGACCUCAGACCCUCCUGGGUGCCCUCUGCCUCCGCUUCGCCACUGGGAGAGAUUCUGCUGGUUGUGAGUUCUGGAGAGAAGGAAGAGGAACACAGGCCUCUGGGAGAGAUGGGAAACCUUGUUUCUGAGGUGUAUCAGGAGACACUAUGUUAUUGUGCAUACACAAGCGUGGUGACACAUUUCAUUUUAGGCCAAGAAUGACUCAGAUUGUGGAGGGUCAGUGAACGCUGCUAGAUCCUGAGCCCUGCUAAACUAUCCUUGCACGAAUCCAGAAUAUUCUUACAUACCUCUUGAGCCGUUGUGGUGUACAAAAGGAAGAAAAAAAAAAACCAGAAUAUUCUUACAAAGUCUAGUCUAUCAAUUUCUGGGAUCAGAGAUUGCAAGAAAGGAGAAGAAACCCAGAGGUAAGAAAAAGGGUCUGGGUUGGGAGCUGAGGGCUCACCUGUUGGGUGAAGACAGCCAUUCACCUCUUCCUAGGAGAAAGGAGACCUUUGAUUCUUCCCCAUCCUCAAGUUUCCACUGGGCCCUGGCUCUGGCCAGCCCUCCAGCACCCUCUCUAGUAUGCCAUGGGCAGAGAAGGGCAGCAGACUAACCAUAGUUGGGGAAUGUUUUGGAUGCAUGAAGCAGCUGAGAGACCGAGAUUCCCGGGGUCUCUCUGACAGUUCCUUGGAAACAGCGAAGGCAGUCAUUUAGCAUCCUGGGGCCUGUUUUCUGGUUGGGUCCUUUCUGGUUUCCUUCUUCCAUAAGACAAUACCCAAUGCUACACUAUCACUCCCAGUAAGGGGGUGGGGGGCCACCAUAGGAGCCCCUCAUUCCUACAACACACCCUUUGCACCUGGCACAAUGCCUGGUUCACAGCAGCUGCUCAGUGGAAGUUUGUUUGCUCUGUGAGUGCAUGAAUGAAUCACAGGUAUUGUCACAAUAUUGGAAUCUUGGAGUCAGAAAGUCCCUUGGAAGGACACCAAGCCCCACAGAGUAUGUUUGAGAGUUAUUACUAGAAUAACGCCCUGCGUGCCCUGCACCACCUGAUCCAGAGGAACUAGACAGCCCCUCCACACACACACCACAGAGGCUCUGCUCCCUCUGGAGAAGCAUUCAAGUCUCAAAGCAACAGGUGCCCCAUUCAGGAGCACAGGUCAAAGGCUGUGCUGCCCUCUCCCUCCCCCAGUUCUGGCAGGUCCGUCCUGGCUUCCCCGCCCCCUCCCACCCUCUGAGGGAAGCAUCUUCCCACCCCCUGCCACAGCCCGGUGUGGCUCCAAAGGAGGGAGGAAAGUGAGUGUCCGAGCCAUGGGUGCUUCUGGGCCUUUGAGCUGUGGAGUAACCUCUCACACCAACACCGAGACUCCUCCAGACCGCUGUGCCCCGAGAAGCUGAUCACCUACACGUAAAGUGGCCGGAGAUCCACACAGCGAUGACACUGAUAAGCACCUGGCAGUGCUGAAACACUUCAACAUCAGUGGUCUGUUCCCAGUUUCACGGCCACAACUCUGUGGGUCAGCAACCCUGCGAAGUGCACAGCAGCCCUGCACAGGAGAAGCAGCAGUUCAGGGAGGUGAAAUGACUUGCUUAAAGACUCCGAGUCCCAAGCUCCAAAAGCUGACCGUGACAGCCGAGGAACCGGACGUACCCCCGGCCAGCCCGGGGCCGCCCCAGCCGGAGGGUGACUGCCUCCCGGCAGUGGGCUCGUCGCACCUGCAGCAGCCGCGCCGCCUUUCCACCUCGUCGCUGUCCUCCACUGGCUCCUCGUCGCUACUCGAGGACUCGGAGGACGACCUGCUGAGCGACAGCGAGAGCCGGAGCCGCGGCAACGUGCAGCUGGAAGCCGGCGAGGACGUGGGUCAGAAAAGCCACUGGCAGAAGAUCCGGACCAUGGUGAAUCUGCCGGUCAUCAGCCCUUUCAAGAAGCGCUACGCCUGGGUGCAGCUGGCAGGGCACACAGGGAGUUUUAAGGCGGCGGGCACAAGCGGGCUGAUUUUGAAGCGCUGCUCGGAGCCGGAGCGCUACUGCCUGGCGCGGCUGAUGGCGGACGCGCUGCGCGGCUGCGUGCCUACCUUCCACGGCGUGGUGGAGCGCGACGGCGAAAGCUACCUGCAGUUGCAGGACCUGCUCGACGGCUUCGACGGGCCCUGCGUGCUUGACUGCAAGAUGGGCGUCAGGACUUACCUGGAGGAGGAGCUGACCAAGGCCCGCGAGCGGCCGAAGCUACGGAAGGACAUGUACAAGAAGAUGUUGGCUGUGGACCCGACGGCGCCCACUGAGGAGGAGCACGCGCAGCGCGCGGUCACCAAGCCGCGCUACAUGCAGUGGCGAGAAGGCAUCAGCUCUAGCACCACGCUUGGCUUCCGCAUCGAGGGGAUCAAGAAAGCCGACGGCUCUUGUAGCACAGACUUCAAGACCACGCGAAGUCGGGAGCAAGUGAUUCGCGUCUUUGAGGAGUUUGUGCAAGGAGAUGAGGAAGUACUGAGGAGGUAUCUGAACCGCCUGCAGCAGAUCCGGGACACCCUGGAGGUCUCCGAGUUCUUCAGGAGGCACGAGGUGAUCGGCAGCUCGCUCCUCUUCGUGCAUGAUCACUGCCAUCGCGCCGGUGUGUGGCUCAUCGACUUCGGCAAAACCACGCCCCUUCCCGACGGCCAGAUCCUGGACCACCGGCUGCCCUGGGAGGAGGGCAACCGUGAGGAUGGCUAUUUGCUGGGGCUGGACAAUCUCAUUGGCAUCCUGGCCAGCCUGGCCGAGAGAUGAGGCUGGACUCCUGUCCCCACGUGGGCCGGCCGGUCUGACAUGUGGACCUGCGGCUACGUCCCCACAGUGCAUGCCGGCGAGAGACUGGAACCCCGUUGUGAGGGGCAGUUCACAGGGUCCUGAAGGACCAGGUGCCAACCACUAAGGGGGCGCGCUGCCGAUGUCAGGGGUUGGCGCCCACCCGGGCCCCAGCGUUCCCAGAGCAGAAUGACACUAAUUUAUGGAAUGUGAGGGAGCAAAAGCUUCUUCCUCAGCCCAGCUCUUCUGAGGCUCUACCCUCUCCAGAGGAGCUGGAUUAUGAAUUUUAUUGAGCAGGCCUAGACCUAUUGGUCUAACCUCCUACACUACGAUAGAUUCCCCUUUCCAAUAAAACUCAAAGACCCAG